AUGAGUUGGAGGGGAGGUAGCGCGGUGCUAUCGAGGGCCAACCGUAUAAAGACGAAGCUUCAAUCAGCACUAGAAGCCACCGUCUUGGAGGUCGACGACGUCUCGCACCAGCACGCCGGCCACGCCGCCGUCAGGGAGAGUUCCGAGAAGGGGGAGACUCAUUUCAAUUUGAGGAUCGUUUCGCCCAAAUUCGAAGGCCAGAGUCUCGUUAAACGACACCGUAUGGUCUACGAUCUUCUCUCCGACGAGCUUCAAUCUGGGUUGCACGCGCUCUCCAUUGUCGCUAAGACCCCCGGUGAAUCAACAACCACCGCUGCGAAAUGA